CCAUAACAACACAGCGCCAUGUUUGCUGCAAGACUAGGACAAAUCAAGUGCUUUGCGGCCCUUAGAUUAAAAACAAAUUAGCCCAAUUUAAGGCAAAAUAUAGAGAAAUAUACAUAUUCUAGGCAAUGUGAGCGAUGCAGUUCAGUUUCAGCGUCGUUUGAAGGUAUCUCAGAUCUAGUUUGAGAGUUCUUCGGGGCAACAGAGGAGGCUGGUGGAACCUUAAUUUGGGAGGACAGGCACAUAGUAAUGGCUGGAAUGGAAUUAAAUGGUUCCAUGUGUUUGAUACCAUUCCAUUUACUCCAUUCAAGCCAUUAUUAUCAGCUGACCUGCCCUCAGCAGCAUCCUGUGGUGUAAUCAUUAGUCCAACAAUUGUAAACGAGAGUUUCUACUGGACAAAUUCAGGCUCUCCUCGGCUCCCUUUAGCCAUGGAGACCAUGGAGGUGUAUGAGGAGACUGAUCGGAGGAUGACAGAGGAGGUGGAGAGCUGCUACACCCUCAUGGAGGUCACCUCUCCCAAGAAGAGGAAGAAGAACAAGGCUCAGCAGGGGGAGAUCAUGGAGAAACCCAAAAAACCCAGAUCAGCGUACCUGCUGUACUACUUUGAUGUGCACCAGACCAUGCAGCAGGAGUUCCCCAGCCUGCCCCAGUCUGAGAUCAACAAGAGGAUCAGUGUGAGCUGGAAGAGGCUCAACGUGGCAGACAAGGGCUACUACCUGGAGAAGGCCAAGCUGGAGAAGGAAGGGAUGGACACGUCAUCUAUGGGCCCUUCCCAGGAGCUCCCAGGCUUCCGUAGGAUCCUCCCCAGGGCCAACUACGUCCUCUUGCCCAAGGCGGCCAUGUCAGACGACAGGACAGGCUCCCAGCUGGAGGUGUGUAUGGAGGGUCUGGACUCUGCCGUGGGGGAAGGGGUGAUGCCCUCCCUGUCUCUUGGUUCCCCCCAGUACCCUCCCUUGGUGCUGGGCUGCGAGGUGGAGCUGUCGGAGCAGUGCAUCGCCAUCGAGGGCCUGACAGACGAAAAGGCUGUGACCCUAACACACUCCGGGGCCCUGCAGGGGGUCCUCUCCUCAUCGUAUCACUCCUCUUCCUCAGUCUCUGCCGCCCACGAAUCCCACAAUGCACCUCACCUGGCGUCAGCCGGUCUGCUGCUCAAGGAGGAGGAGCCCAGGAUGGUGGGCGGGGGCUAUAGUGUCAUUGGAAUGGCGACUGACGGGAGACGUGUGGGCGGGACGGCGGUGCAGCACGUGAAAACAGAGCUGGUCACCAUCAUACCCAAUCAGGAUCUGAUGGAGCACAGGACGUUGCCAGGAGCCAGCUCUGUAGCCUCUGUUGUCAUGGUACCUGUAGGAGCUAGGGUGAUACGGGACACUAAUCCCUCAUACAAACUGUCGAAUAAAUACACCAGAAGAGGCCGGGGCAGCUGUCAGACAGCGGGUUGCUCCUUUGUCUACGUGACCCGUCACAAGCCCCCCUUCUGCCCUGAUUGUGGCAACCACCUGGGGGGCAAGUGGGUGCCCGCUGCGGUGAAGACUCCAGGUGCUGCUGCUUCAUUCAAGACGUAUGCCCAGAAACCACCAACAAACCCGGGGGACCCCCCUAAGACUAGUGUGCCUCCCUCUGAUGAUCAGAACAUUAAGAUGUCUGGAUGGCGGAAGGGAGGGAGAGGACCGCGGGAGCCCAGAGGACAAGUGCAGCAGCGUGCAGUUACACCAGGACCACCACUAGAGGGAGGCAGAGCCAUCAGCCAGGGAGUCAUACAGCCUGCUCCAGCGGUGUCAGGGACACAGACUACUAUGAUAACUUUGGUUGGAACACAUGUGACUGGUGCCAGGGUCAAAGUACAGGAAAGGAGCAGUGUGAUUGGUCAAAAGCGACCUGUGAGAGCCAUCCUCCCUGCCCCAUUCAACACAGGUCGGGCCUUAGUCCAGUGGAUUACUGUCCCUCCUCAUAAAGGCAAAGUUGAGGAGACCAACUGCAGCAAAUCAACCACAGAGCUCAGUGAGAUGAUCGCAGGUUUGAAGCCUAACACUCUGAAACAGCUCGGCCAGAUCGUGACAACAACGCCUCUGGAACAGACUCUCCCUACUCCUGUGGACAGAAGCCAGUAUAUUGUAACUGAUAAAGUGGGGAAGAUCCUCUCAGUGGUUCCUCUCAAACAGAACUCUACCUCCACACUGGACCUGGGUCUGUCUACGGCGCGGGGCAGGGGUCGCUGUAAGAACCCGUCAUGUGGCUAUGUCUAUAAGAACAGACACAAGCCUGCGGAGUGCCCCUGCUGUGGCUUGGAGCUGUCCAGGAAGAACGCCAAGGGCUCCAAGGCACAGGGUGGUUCAGUAGCUCUGUUAGACCCGUACCGGACCCUGUCCCCAGCCCAGAGGGAGCUUCAGCGCCAGUCCACCCUGCAGCUGCUGCGUCAGACCCUGCAGAUCUCUGAGAGUGAGGCUGAGCUCCAUGACACCCUGGCCCUCAUCCAGGAACUCAACUCUACCCAGGUGGUCCUCACCACCACCAGCCAGGCCGGGGACCAGGUGCUAGGGGAAGGGGAGGGCCUGGGGGAGGUGCAGGUCCAGUCAGGCUGGCCGCGGUUCUAUGAGUCUGCAGCCACGCACUGUGCUCUGUGUCACUACCCGCUAUUCAAGGGAGGACAGAGUUCUUUAGCAGGGCAGGUCUCUCUAUCAUGUCUCUCUGGUGUUUUGUACCAUAGUUCUUUAGCAGGGCAGGUCUCUCUAUCAUGUCUCUCUGGUGUUUUGUACCAUAGUUCUUUAGCAGGGCAGGUCUCUCUAUCAUGUCUCUCUGGUGUUUUGUACCAUAGUUCUUUAGCAGGGCAGGUCUCUCUAUCAUGUCUCUCUGGUGUUUUGUACCAUAGUUCUUUAGCAGGGCAGGUCUCUCUAUCAUGUCUCUCUGGUGUUUUGUACCAUAGUUCUUUAGCAGGGCAGGUCUCUCUAUCAUGUCUCUCUGGUGUUUUGUACCAUAGUUCUUUAGCAGGGCAGGUCUCUCUAUCAUGUCUCUCUGGUGUUUUGUACCAUAGUUCUUUAGCAGGGCAGGUCUCUCUAUCAUGUCUCUCUGGUGUUUUGUACCAUAGUUCUUUAGCAGGGCAGGUCUCUCUAUCAUGUCUCUCUGGUGUUUUGUACCAUAGUUCUUUAGCAGGGCAGGAGGACUGCUGGCUGUUGACUGACACUCUGAUCCAGACAGCCUCUCUCCAGUUGAAGGUGUGUCUCAACCCCCAGUGUCUGGCCCUGCACAGCUUCACCGACCUCCACCCAGGUCUGUUCAACGUUGGCAACAGGUUGCUGGUGAGUCUGGACCUGUUCUUUAAGAUCCGGAGUCAGGUCAGACUGGGCCGGCAUCCUAACCAGAUAGUCAGGACCAUCCUGGACCACAUCCACAACCACGCUGUCCACACUCUGAGUCCUGAGGAGUUGGCACAUGUCCAGGAGCUGCUGGUUAGUGGCUACUGGGCCUUUGAGUGUCUGACCGUGAGGGACUACAACGACAUGAUCUGUGGUGUGUGUGGCAUCGCCCCCAAGAUGGAGAUCGCCCAGCGGUACACACACAACGUGCUGGAGCUUAGGAAUGUGGAGUUUACGUGGCCAGACUUCGGGGCUCCAGACAAGGUGCAUGUGGAUGACUUCUGGCUGACCAUGGAGAGUGAGGCCAUCGAGCAGGCAGCGUUCCCCUGCAGUGUCCCCAUCACCCGGGUCGACGCCUCCAUCAUCGCGCCCUUCAUCCCACCACUGAUGAGGAGCUCCACUGUCAUCAACACAGAGAAGGACAAGGCCCUGCUCCUCACACAGCACACAGGUGACCCAUCAGUUCUGGUGCGUCUGAUCCACGAGGGCCAACUCAGACCGGACCGAAUGGACGAGCACAGUGCAGAGGAGCUCAAAGCCAUACUGGAAUGCUGUGGAGAGAUCACUGCACCAGAGAGCAACAAGGAUGAGUUGCUGGUCUCUCUGAUCUCCCUGUGUACGUGUGUUCAGAACGGCCUCUCCACGGCCCCCCAGCCCCCUCCACACCUCACAGCAGGCAAGCUGUCCAAGAUCUGUCCCCAUCAGGUGGUGUGUGGUUCCAAGUACCUGGUGAAGGGUGAGACGGCCCGCGACCACGUGGACCUGCUGGUAUCCUCCCGGUAUUGGCCUCCCGUCUACGUUACCGACUCUGCCCGCCAGGUGGCGCUGUGUACAGACGUGCAGUACCCUGAGCUGGCCUCCACCAUGUGGGGCAGAAACCAGGGCUGCUUCUCUGACCCCAUGGACAAACCAGAGUUUGUGUCGUGUGCUGAGCUACAGGACCAGCCUUACAGUGCUGACCUGUCCUCUGUGGUGGAGAACCCCCAGGUCCACCCUGUCACCAAGUCCUCUUCCCGCUGGAUAGUGCACCCUGCUGGGCCUACAGAUGGCCAGGAGCCCCCCUGUCUGGACCACCACUCAAUGGGGCUCUGCAAUGAGCUGGAACCUUACUGCAGUCUGGUACAAGACCUGGAGAGAGACAACGAGAAAGAAGAGGACGAAGGGAAGGAGGGGAGGAAGGAUGGGUUCAAGGUUGAAGCUGAGGUAACAGAAGGGUCAGAGGUCAUUGAGGAGGAAUGUUCUGAGGGUUGGUUGACAUCAUUGCGGCGGCGGCCUUUGGCCUUUGACAACACGGCCUACUACUACCUGUACAACCGUCUGCAGGACUUCCUGUCCAGCCGGGAGGUGGUGGACCAGCAGAUCAACACAGUGCUGAAGGCCUGCCAGCCUGGGGAGGUGGUGAUCAGGGACGCCCUCUACAGGCUGGGGGUGGCACAGAUCAACACAGAGGAAGGGGAGGAGGGGGAAGGAGACGGGGGGUUGGAGGGAGACACUGGGUACGAGGAGGUAGUGGUUCUCUGAGAGUGACAGACAGUGGCUUUUUGGAGACUUAUUUUGUGCUGUGACCCAACAAGUAAACAAACCAAUGUAAUUCUCUGAUAUCGGGGAAUAAUGUUUAAUAUUAUGGACAUAUGGGCCACGUUAUUAUGAGGUAGUCCUUUUUAGAAAGAAGGCAAUAGAUAGAUAUAUCUAUCUAUAUCUGGUUCAGAAAAGCUAGCAUGUAGUGGGGAGGCUGGUAGUCCUUGAAUGUACUGUGCAAAAAUAUGCUUGAGUGUUUCCAAAGAAACAGAGGUGUUGCUGCUAACCAGACAGAUAGUCUGUAACUUAUCAUCAGUCCAGCAGAGACUUUGCUGAUUUGAAAUUAAAGAAUGGCACUUCGUUUUCUUUGUGAGAGGAGCAGAACCGGUGAAGAGUGUAAAAACGUGAAUGUUACUAACUGCUCUCUGCUUUACUUUGACUGAAGGAAAGUUCACAUAGUUUUAGAAUAGAGAAAAAAGUUUUAAAACAUUGUUUAUGUUGACUAACUUCAUUAUUGGAGUGCAUAAUGUUCUUUCUAGAAGUCUAAUAAUAAUUAUUAUUAUUUAAUAACUGUAUUUAAUGAGUCCUCGUGCUUUCUCAUCCUUAGUAAGACCUUUCAAACUGUUCUAUGCUAUCUUCUUGUACCUCAGUUGUCACUCGUUGCCCUUUGGGCUGAAAUUUAUUCAAGGUAAACAACCUUUCACAUCUGCCUCAUGGGCUGAUGGAAUCUGUAGUUCUUGUGGCCUUUGAUUGUUUUUUGACUACAGGAGACUCUUGCCUGAGCUCCUAUUGGAGGGGUGGCUCCGAAUGUCAGGACUGUUCUAUCAUCUACUCUCAGCUGCUUGAAUGGAAUCUAAAGAAGACAAUAAUUGACUUGAUGAUGUAACUGUGAUGGACAUAGUUAUUACAAUUUGCGGAUGUAACUUGAUACCCACUUAAGUGGGUAAGAAAAUAUAUGGUGAAUGUAGCCAUUUCUGAAUAAUUUUGCUCAAGGAAUUAUAAAUAAAGCAAAAAAAGGA